AUGUGCAGGACUGCUUCUGAUGGCCCCAUUAACACAGAGCAGCUCGAGCUCUCACAGAGACUGUACUCGUACCUUCUUGCGCACACACCAGAGCAUGAGGUGCUUAGAGAUCUGCGCCAUGAGACAGCGCUGCAGCAUGCAGGCAGAGAACGAAAUCAGGUGGCCCCGGAGCAGGGGCGAUUUCUCGCAUGGCUCCUUGAAACAUUGGGAGCAAGGAAGGUCAUCGAAGUGGGGGUGUUUACUGGAUACUCCUCUCUAGCUAUGGCCUUGGCUCUGCCAGGAGACGGGUGUCUGGUGGCUUGUGAGAAGGAUGAAGGGCCUUUGCAGCUAGCACGGGACUUUUGGCGGAGAGCCGACAUUGCUCAAAAGAUAGAUGAACGCACUGGUCCAGCUGUGGACUCUUUAGAGGCGCUCUUGAGGGAAGGGCAUGCAGACAGCUUUGAUUUUGCUUUUAUUGAUGCUGACAAGCGGUCAUACCAGCGGUAUUUUGACUUGCUGUUGCAGCUGGUCAGACCUGGAGGGGUAAUCGUUGUGGACAAUGUCCUGUGGUAUGGAAGAGUUGCCGACCCAGAGGAGACAGCCAAGGCCACUGUGGCGCUGCGGGAGUUCAAUGCACGAUUACUGAGUGACAGCCGCGUCUCCUUCAGCACAGUGCCCAUCGGGGAUGGGAUGGCGCUCUGCCGCCGGCUGUGA